AUGGCUUCAAUCACCGAGCUCCAAAACCUCAAAGUCACAGUCUCUGCCAUCCAUGCCGUCCUCCUCGACGCGGAAGAGCAGCAGUUCCACAAUCGCCAGGUUAAAGACUGGCUCGAGAAGCUGUCCGAGGUGAUGUACGAUGUCGACGAUCUGCUCGACGAUUUCGCCACCGAGGCAGCGCUCAAGAAGCUGGCAGCAGCAGCAGAAGAAGAAGAUUAUGUCGAGAGAAGAAAGUCGACUUGCUGGAGUACUACGGUAUGUUCUUCUUCAAAACAAUUGAUGUAUGGUUAUCGGAUGGCUCGCGAAAUCAGGGCCAUUAGGGAGAAGCUGGAGCUUCUGUCUAAGGAUAAGGACAAUUUCCAUUUGGAAGUUCGCGUUGACGACGACCUAGCCAGUCUUCCGUUCAGGGAGACGGAUUCUUGUCCGCCGACGAUCGUUAUUGGGAGGAAAGAUGACCAUAGUAAAAUUGUUGAAUUGUUGCUUGAUUUUGAGAGUGGGGACAAUAUCUCCGUUGUUCCAAUUGUUGGGAUUGGUGGGUUGGGGAAGACUACUCUUGCUCAGCUUGCUUUUGACGAUGAACGAAUGAUUGAGAGCUUUGAAAUCAAAGUCUGGGUGUAUGUUUCGCAGAAUUUCGAUAUCAAAGCAAUUCUGGCAAAGAUGUUCUUGUUCGUGUUGGACGAUGUUUGGGAGGAGAAUGAAGGAAGUUGGGAGGCUUUGGGGAAGUAUCUGACUGUUGGUGCACCCGGUAGUAAAGUUCUGGUGACAACACGGUCUAGGCUAGUUGCAGAAGUCAGCAGCAAGAUUUUGAAGCCUGCAACGAGUACUAGUUUGGUGGCGUUGCCUUAUUUCUUGGAAGGCUUGGAGCUUGAUGAGGCUUGGAACUUAAUGGUGAAGAAGGCUGGAGUAGUCCCACAAAGCUCUAACGUAGAGAGCAUCGCGAGAGAGAUAUUAGGGAAAUGUUGCGGGGUUCCCCUUGCUGUAAACAUGGUAGCUGGUUUGUUAAGUUCCACAGAUCCUGAAACAGAGUGGCCCUUGUUUCUGCAGAAGGAACUUUGGACCAUAUCUGAAGGAGAAAAUCCUAUCAUGUCAGCUCUCAGGCUAAGUUUCAAUCAUCUUCCUGCACACUUAAAACGUUGUUUUGCUUACUGUAAGUUGUUCCCGAAGGGUCAUGUAUUCGAUGUUCAAAGGCUGGUGCAGUUUUGGAGAGCCCAAGGUUACAUUGAAUCGGCAGAUCGAGGCUUGGAAUUGAAUAUGGGUUUGCGGUAUUUCAAGACGUUAUGGUGGAGAUCAUUCUUUCAAGAGGUGGAGAUGGAUGCGCUGGGGAAUCUGCAGAUAUGCAGAAUGCAUGAUUUAAUGCACGAAUUAGCUGCCUCAGUAACAGGAACAAAGAUCUUCAAGAGGCCAAAAUCAGCCAUCCUAGAACAUACUUCUUUGGGAACUCGUCACUUGGCAGUGGUUAGGCAUUACGGCGAUGUAGUUGGAGAAGUUCAUAAUGCGUGUGACGGGACCGGAGAUGCAAGCAAGGUGCGAACAUUGAUAAGUGACGAUGUAUCUUUCGUACGAGAAGAAUUCGAACGUGUCCUCAACAGCUUCAUACGCUUGCGAGUGUUGAUAUUGUAUGUAAGACGAUUAGAUUCAGGCUCCUCUUCCAAACUGCUGGACUCCGUUAGUGGUUUGAAGCAUUUGAGAUUUCUUCGUCUCAAUUUCGAUGGAAUGGCAAAGCUCCCGGACUCGAUCACCAACCUUGUGAAUCUGCAAGUGCUGGACCUCAGUUGGUGUCGCCUUCUAAGAGAACUACCGAGGGACAUAAAAAAGAUGGUUAAUUUGAUGCAUCUGUACCUCUAUCCCUUGGGGGUGAAAUUGACCCACAUGCCAAAAGGGAUCGGGGAAUUAAAUUCCCUUCAAACUUUACCAGUUUUUGUGGUCAGCAAGAAGAAGAAGAGCAGAGGAAAUGAUAACAAGAUGGAGGAAGAAGUUGGGGGAUUGGACGAGCUGAAAGCGUUGAAUGCAUUGCGUGGAGAGUUAACCAUUAAAAACUUGGUGAAGGCUGAAUCAGUUGGUUAUGGUGUUCAUGUCUUGAAGGAGAAACCAUUUCUUCAGUCCUUGGUUUUAGACUGGGAGUACAACAAUAGUGACGAAGACAACGAUGGUGAUUAUGCUUCUACUAUUGAUGAAGAGAUACUUGAAGCUCUUUGCCCACAUUCAAAUCUGAAGAAACUGAUGAUACUCAAUUAUGGAGGUGCAAAGCUCGCCAACUGGCUGUCCACCAUCACCAAUCUUGUGGAGCUUUCACUGGAAGAUUGCAGGGAAUGCGAGUACCUCCCACCGUUGCAUCAACUCCCAUCUUUGAGGGAGCUCGUGAUCGACGCUUGCCCCAAUCUAAAAGGACUGUGGAUUGACAAUGGGAAUGACGUGAUGGUGGAAGAAGAUUGGCCGUCUUUCCCUUGCCUUCGCCGGUUGGAGGUAGUGGAUUGUCCGAACCUGACUCGGAUGCCUCUGUUUCCAACUGUAGAAACUAGGUUGGAGCUGCGUAAAACCGGGUCGCAGUCACUUCUACGUACAAUGAACAUGAAAACAACAACAAUGGCAAGCUCUCCUCCUUUGUCCAAGUUGACAUCAUUGCAGCUUGUGGAGAUGGAUGACCUCGAGACUCUCCCGGAAGAAGGGCUCAGCAACUUGACGUCUCUUCAAGUGUUGGAGAUCGUCAAAUGUUCGAGAUUAGCAUCCUUGAGUGCAAUUCGUGGAACGUUGGGCAGAUGGACAUUGGAGCAGAUUGGGCGGAGUCCUAUGCAGCUAAGAAACGAGCAUGGUGUUCGGAUCACACUCAAGGCCCGGUUUCCACUGUAG